CUCGUCGAUGCCGGCUUGUCUAGUGUUCUGCCACUAGCCCCUCUUACCGGUGAUCCGGGUUUAAUAACUGCGCUCGUAGAGCGUUGGCGACCGGAGACAUCGACAUUCCACAUGCCGUUCGGUGAGGUGACGAUCACCCUAGAGGACGUUGCAACACUCACCGGAUUAGCGAUCGACGGUGAUGUCGUCGUAGUAGACAUACCAGACGAGGACUGGUCGGCUAUGUGUCUUCGACUGUUAGGACAGGCUCCUACUGAUCUUGGUGGCGGCGUCAUCCGGAUUACUUGGCUCAGGGAGACUUUCGAUGAGCUACCGCUUUCUGCAUCACCCCAGACGACAUAG